AUGGAGGCGAUCAACUUUCUGACCUAUUCUCCCACCUUCCGAGGGCUCUUGGUCGUCACCGCCAUAUGGCAGGGGGUCGGAUGGACCGCGAUAAUCUAUAUGGCAGCGCUGUCGUCCAUCGAUACCUAUCUGUACGAAAGCGCAGCCAUCGAUGGUGCGAAUCGUAUCCAACAGGCGAUCUAUAUCACGAUACCUUCUCUCGUCCCGGUGAUAACGAUCCUCUUCAUUAUAAAUCUGGGUCAAAUGUUGGAUGCUGGAUUCGACCAGAUAUUCAAUCUAUACAACCCGAUGGUAUACGAGCGAGCUGACAUCAUUGAUACUUACGUCUACCGGAGGGGUAUUAUGAUGGCUCAAUUCGCCUACUCUGCCGCGGUGGGAUUGUUCAAGAACGUCGUAGGCGUAACGUUGGUGGUACUGUCGAAUACGAUCAUCAGACGCUUCACGGAAUAUGGACUCUGGUAG